UCAUCACCACCACUCCCAAAUCUCCCCUUCGCCUGGCUAUAAAUAUUUCUCUGCUUUACAAAUUUACAAUCAUCUUCUCUUCCUUUUUCGUUUCUUCUGAAUCGAAAGCUCUUAACCUGUAAUAACCAACAAUGGCCGCCACAACUGACAACCUCCCUCAACUCAAAUCCGCCGUCGAUGGCCUUAAAGAUAUGAGUGAGAAUGAGAAGAGCGGAUUCAUCAGCCUCGUCUCUCGCUACCUCAGCGGUGAGGCACAGCACAUUGAGUGGAGUAAGAUCCAGACACCUACUGAUGAAGUCGUUGUUCCUUACGACAAAAUGGUUCCCGUCUCUGAAGAUGUUUCCGAGACCAAGAAUCUGCUGGACAAACUUGUUGUGUUAAAGCUUAAUGGAGGUCUUGGAACAACUAUGGGAUGCACUGGCCCCAAGUCGGUUAUCGAAGUUCGUGAUGGUUUGACAUUUCUUGAUCUGAUUGUUAUCCAGAUUGAGAAUCUCAACAACAAGUAUGGCAGCAAGGUUCCUUUGGUUCUUAUGAACUCGUUUAAUACACAUGAUGACACACAAAAGAUUGUGGAAAAGUACANAUCUCAUCUCUUGUUUAGAUGUACCUUUUCUUAAAGCAAAUAUCCCCGUAUUGUGGCAGAUGAGUUUGUGCCAUGGCCCAGCAAGGGAAAGACCGACAAGGAUGGCUGGUAUGAUUCCAUUUUAUUGACGUCUAUGUUUAUUGAAAUUUUUGUCUUCUGGGUCUCUCAGGGUAAAGAAUAUGUGUUUGUUGCCAAUUCAGACAACUUGGGUGCAAUCGUUGACUUAACAAUCCUGAAGCAUUUGAUCCAGAACAAGAACGAAUACUGUAUGGAGGUUACACCCAAAACCUUAGCUGACGUAAAGGGAGGAACUCUCAUUUCUUAUGAAGGAAAAGUCCAGCUUCUGGAGAUUGCUCAGGUUCCUGAUGAACAUGUCAAUGAGUUCAAAUCAAUUGAGAAGUUCAAGAUAUUCAACACAAACAACCUAUGGAUUAAUUUGAAGGCCAUCAAAAAGCUUGUGGAAGCUGAUGCGCUUAAAAUGGAGAUCAUUCCAAACCCAAAGGAAGUUGAUGGCGUCAAAGUUCUUCAACUGGAAACUGCAGUUGGUGCUGCGAUAAGGUUCUUUGACAACGCCAUCGGUGCUAAUGUACCUCGCUCACGGUUCUUGCCAGUGAAGUCUGAUCUCUACACCUUAGUUGAUGGCUUUGUCAUCCGAAACAAAGCUAGAACUAACCCCUCAAACCCAUCAAUUGAAUUGGGACCGGAGUUCAAGAAGGUGGCCAAUUUCUUGAGCCGAUUCAAGUCCAUCCCUAUUAUAGUCGAGCUCGACAGCCUUAAGGUUUCUGGUGAUGUCUGGUUUGGCUCAUCUGUUGUUCUCAAGGGCAAGGUGACUGUAACGCCAAAAUCUGGCGUGAAACUCGAAAUUCCGGACGGGGCGGUGAUCCAGAACAAGAACAUCAAUGGUCCGGAGGAUCUCUGAAUAAGACAAAUUUCAAGUCUUCUUCCUUCUCUCAUGGAAGACACAACAUCUCGAAAAGAUACUCUUUAAAUUGGUGUGAAAAUAUUACAGUGCCACAGCAAAGUUUAUGAAGAAAGAAUAAAACAAUGUUUCCUUUUUGCAGCUGAGCAAAGUCUUUUCCCACUACGGAGUACGGACUUUAUAGUAUUAAAUUUUGCUCUUUGAAUUUUCCCUAAAAAAAACAUAGCAAUUAAGUAUUGAUUAUAUAUUUUGGUUUCUAUCCUC